UCCAGCAACUUUGCUUGGUGAUCAGCGGCAUUCAAGAGAAAGGCUACCUGGAAUUUAUAGCGCAAAAGGGUUAGAGCAAUCGGGCAAUGCGGAAAUAGGUGGACAGUUCAUGUCACCGAGUUUGCAUCCCUCUCCCAGGCUGAGGAUCUGAGAGCUCGCAGGGAUUGCAAUUAAGUGACAACAAUUUCCCCCCCUUCCUUUUUAUUAUUGCGCUCUUGUAUUUCUAAGAUUACCCACUGUAAAGUACACUUCGCGGAAGAUUUGAAGAAUUCAUUUGCUUUCUCUGUUUUUGACCGUGGGCUAAGAAAGAAAGCAAAAUCACACACACUUGGGGAUCAAAGCAAGUUGCUUUCUUUUUUGCGAGCAUCAACAUGGACGUGUUGGCGAAUUACAGUAUUUUUCAGGAACUUCAGCUUGUGCAUGACACGGGCUACUUCUCGGCGAUGCCGUCGCUGGAGGAGAACUGGCAGCAGACAUGUUUGGAGCUGGAGAGGUACCUGCAGACGGAGCCCAAAAGGCUUUCAGAACUCUUUGACGAGGAGCUUGAUUGCCUCCUUACACCAGCCUUUAUAAAAGGAGAAAGUGACGAGGACCUGAUAGACCCUUUGCUGCCCACCUUAGUUAACGAAGCCAGUCCGCCACCUCUGCUUAUAUCCCUUCCAAAGAAUCUCCACGCCCCAGCCAGUAUCAAGAGCACUGAGGCAGGGGUGAAAGAGACCAGUGGAGGGGUGAAUCCUGCCCAGCUAAACGCUGUUACAUCCCUCACACCACCUUCCUCACCUGAGUUGGGACGUCACCUCUUUAAGCCCACUCAGACUCUUACCGCCACAGCCGAUGGCACACUCACGCUCAAACUGGUGGCCAAGAAAGUGGGUAUUGGGGCAGCAAAGCUAGUGGCAACACAUUCGCUACCUUCACCAUCAAACCGCCGAGCACAGAGUGAUGGAGAGGGAGGACUGGGGACAGUAGGCGGAGGAGACAUCCCUGAGAAUAAAAAGAGGGUCCAUCGUUGCCAAUUUAAUGGCUGUCGGAAGGUUUACACAAAAAGCUCCCAUCUAAAGGCACACCAGAGGACACAUACAGGUGAGAAGCCUUACAAAUGUUCCUGGGAGGGCUGUGAAUGGCGUUUCGCACGAAGCGACGAACUGACGAGGCACUACCGCAAACACACCGGUGCCAAACCUUUCAAGUGCAACCACUGCGACAGAUGUUUCUCCAGGUCUGACCACUUGGCUCUGCACAUGAAGCGACAUAUCUAAGACUGAUGGAGAAGAGAGAGAGAGAGAGAGAGAGAGAGAGCGAGAGAGUGAAAUAAAAGACUAAAAGAGUGAGAUCGAAGAAAAGAACAUGUGUGCACCAUCCAGAUGAGAACAUUCGCCACAGACACUGGGUGCACACAAGGGGUCUGGCCGCAAACUUCACCACAAGGAAUAUGCGAGGCAGUGUGGGCAAACGUUGUUGGAAUCUACACGCUCUCAAGAAUGUCCAGCCUUUUCAUCAGCGAUUAGCCAUGCCUUACCAAGCCAUAGCUUGGAGGUCAGACACUGCCAAACACCACUUUCCUUCAUUCUCUUUUGUACAGUAAAACACCACAAGCAUGGGAUAAAAAUAACUUGUGAACACCACAUCAUGUACAAAAUCCAAACGUACAUCUCAUUCAUCACGUAAAACGACGUUCUACUAGAUAAUCACGCUCAUUGUUCACUCUGGAAUUUCCUUCUUUUUCCUUUUUCAAUCAAGGCCACAUCACAAUAACCAACCUGCAGCUAUGUCGUAUACAGCAAGCAACCAAACUCAGAAAACAACAUCGUCAAUACAUUCUGAGGAUUUACUAAUGGAACUAGCGGCCAAACAUAAUGCCUGACCCCCAAAAGCAGGCUCUGUUUAAAAACUAAAGAAAACGCUCCGGAUGUGUGCUGAUUUCUUAUACUCUUCUCUGCUCUUCACGUCUGUCGCCUCACAGGUGACUGAAACGAUGCGCAGCGACACUUUCUUGCCUUUGUUUUGUUUUUUAAGACAGUGUUAAAAAGAUGGAAAAAAAGGAUGUUUUCCUUCUGAGCUGAAUUGUCUUAAACUUCUGAAAAGUAAAAAAACUUGCGUUGCAUACACAAGCAUAAAUGUGCACGUAUGGGCCAUGGGGGGGAAUUGUAAGCCCUUCUCAGUAUGCACAAGGUUCGACUCAGUGGCUGCUAUUUGGCACUGAAAGCGAAAAAGUUUGAAAAAGACAGAAACAGAAACCCCCAAAAGAUCGGGAUUGUUGGCUUGGUAUGAAAGGACAGAUGUCUUCUGUUUUUCAUUUUGCUUUGCUCUGAUUUGAUCUGGGAAAAGCAAACCGAGCGCAGCAUGGCGUCAGCACGGACCUUGUGUGAUGCUCUUGACACUGGAAAAGCUCUUUGGUUUUGUGUUGAUACUGGCACCUGUGUAGUCCUCUGUUGAACCAGGGCUUUGGGGGGAUGAAUAGUAGGACGUUUGACUCUCAGAUUGUGGAGCACAUGCUGGGAUCAGGAUCCAAAAGAACUUGGUGGCAUCAGCCCAGACAAACUUUGCCUGUUUCGUAUCCAUUGUCUGCACUGAUUUUUUCAAUGUUCUCUGUGCUUUUUUUCACACAGUCAAGAAAAUCUCAAAAACACAAAAAAAAAUAUAUAAAAUUACAAAAAAAAAAUAACAACUAGGAGGGGGAAACAUUUUCGAAAACAAAAAAAUACAGAAAAAAACUAAUCUUUUUCACACACACACACUUGCGCACGCACACGCUCACACAUACACACUCACGCACACACACACGCACACACACAGACGCACACACACACACACACGCACACAUACAGACACACUCACACUCAAUACAUAGAAUGGUGUUUUUGCUCCUGGCUUUUCCUGAGAAAAAACUAAUCUCAACAACAAAAAAUGUAGAAGAAUAAUUACCAAGAUAAUGAACAGCGUUAAAACAAAACACUGCAUGGCAGCCUCUUUCAUACAGACACACACACACAUGCACAGCUUGCCUCUCAGCAUUAUUUGUUUUUCACCAAAAUCUUCACAGCAGGGUUUCAGCAAUUGUUGUUUUGUAGGAUUGCAUUCCAUCCAGACGUCAGACUUUAAAACGAGAGCUUGUUGAUGUAUUCUGGUAAAUUAUGUCAAACCGGGCCGAGGUCUAUCUCUGUGUUAACAAUCAGCUUCUAAAUCAUGGGUACAAAAUAUAUAUAUCAUUGUUCCCAAGGUUGUGAAGCCUGCCGUGGCAUUGCAGUCAGGGCGUUUCUCCACCGACCCUCCUCUUCUCCACUGAUUUAUGGGCUGCUGAGGGUGGAGAGGAGAUUGAAAGCCAUUAUGAUUCAGCAGUUACAUGUUUGAAGUCGUCGCAGACUCUACUAAACGUUCCCAGAGUAUGCAUUAGGGGACUGGAGCUACACAAUCAAUACCAAAACUCUUAGUGCACAACUGCCUAAGAGUGAAGGGUUGGUGUCUGCUGAAGGCAGCUCUUCUGUCACAUAUACAAACACACACUCACCGUCAAUGCAUUUUACUCAAUGCCCAUUAUUUUAUUUCUAUUCACACAAGUUUGGUUUGUUUUCCCAAGCAAAUUGUUAUUUUGUCCAGUGAAUUGAAAAGUCAUGCCUAACCUUUGAUGAAAUGAGGGAUGAAUUGUUCAUCUCCCCUCAUAUACAAUCAGUUGUGGUUCUUGGCACUUUCCGCGAGGAGCGGCAUGUGUAUGUGACGAUUGUAUGAAUGAGUUUCUGUAAAGUCAGUCAGCAGGAUGUUUCGCUACUGUAUCAUAAUUGCAUUGUCAAUAACUUGCCACAUUAAUGGGAUUUGUGGGACAGUGUACAGCAUUCUUCAUGUGUCAAACCAAUUUAGAAAGACUGAUAUUUAGAAAAACAGCUUUUAAUUUAGCAAAAGGGUUACUUUCCAUUUUACUCAAAGAUUGCUGUGGUGAAAAGCAACAUUUAUUUCACGCUGAUCUGGCCUCCCGUGACUCUAAUGAGUUUUUGCUCCCUAAGAAAAUGAAGAUUCUGCUUCUUCCUACAGUCACCAUAUGGACACAACAGCAGGAAAGCAGAGACCAAAAAAUAGCGUUGUAUCAUUUCCCUGACACUGAUGAACAAUGAAGCCACUGAACACAGUCUUCAAAUAAACAUUGAAAAUAUACAUUUAAAUAUCAUAUAAAUACAGCUCAAAGCCAUGUUGAAUGCAGAAUUACAAAUGAAAAUCCCUUCUCUUGUUUUGCCAAGAUGUUCCUCACGUAACCAAAUGAAUAUGGAGCAGGCAAAUCAGAUUCAUUAGCAGGCAGCCGUACAAUCCCUUCACAGAGCCGUUUGAUAAGCCCAUUCUCUCACUCUCAGAUGAACGGCAGUGGUCCACGCGCCAUCUAUCGCACUGGCACCCAAUGCAUACUUCAACUUUGCCCAAAGAUUUACGCAUUUGCAUAUAAACUGCUGGGUGUUGAAAGAGUGAAAGAUCAAUUUGACUUUAGAUUCUGUUCUACAUCAGCCUCCUCUUAAUUUCUUCUUAACGUCUGUGUGGCCAUAGUAUGUGUGCUUGUAAAAUAAAUGGUCAUGUUGGUCGAAGAGCCCUAGCCGUGAAGUUGCAAACAGCGAAGUAGUCGCGUCGGUUCUAGUUUACUGCAUAGUCAGUGCAGGAUGUCUUAAAAAGGACUUUCAAGGUCACGCAUGCCUUUAGAUACAACAUCGCCGAAACACUGCUUAAAAUGUUGUCUUAAAGUGAUAGCUCACAUUAUUCUCAAUUCUGAAUCGCAAACUGUACAGAAGACCACCUUAUCUACUGCGAGUUAUCUAUACGAAAUGAAGACUCUUUGGAGUCCGAGAUAAGGACGUGGAGGAGUGUUUUACAUCAUUGAAAACAUUCGAAGGGAACAAUUUUUUGACCUAGUGAUUUGGGCACUCUUCCAGUGAAUAUCCCUUUCCAAGCGGUUUGCUUUAUAGCUUCAAAGAGGCUUAUGGCAGCUUUUUGCAUUUUAUACAAAAAAAUGCUUGAAACAUCACAAGGGGAUUUUAUGAAAAGGGUCAGAGGUGACUAAGACAACUUUUCAGUUUUUAAUGUAAUUUUUGGAAAAUCAUUUCACUCCAUAACUAACACUAGCUUAGUCUGUUUAAUGACAGCUGUUGAUUGUCUACAUAACAUUUUCUAGCAUUUCAAGAUGCACUUCUCAGAAGAACAUAUUCACUUUUCAGCUUAUUAAUAUGAAUUGUAACAUGUUUUAUUUUCAUUGAGCCGUAUUCAGGAACCAAGAGCAGAACAAAUGUGUAACUCAUUACAUGAACUGUCGCGUUCAGAAAUCCAUUCUGCUUAUGUUUCAUGAGUGAGGUCCAUUGCCUUCAAUCAUACUCAAUGCAUCACAAAAGUAAAAUCCGCUAUUCUGCGUAUCUUGUCUAAAAUUCACCCAUAUGGUCUUCAAUCUCUCACAAAGUCAACAAGAGGUGAGAACUGUAACGGUGGAUUUGUUAGGCCUUCUAUUUCUUGAGAUAUACUGCAUCUUGAAGUGCAUCUGUAUGUGUGUUUGUUCAAACUUGAUGUGUCAGUAAGGAAGGGAUUCACCAGGACUUUCCCUUCAGCUUUUUACGUUCCUCACACCCACCCCAUCUAUCACCCCCUGCACGUGCAUAACCACAGUCAGCUGUUCCUAGAUCAGUUCAUUAAAACAGCCUUGCUCCUCUGCUUAAAGUCAGUUCCAUUCUGCAGGUUUAGAGGGCUUGUGUGUCACCAGCUGUCAUUGAGGGAUAUUUUACCAAUGAAUGUCUCUCAACAUCACUAACCAGAGAGCAACCGGCCAACAACAGACCUCAGUGAUGCUUUACAGGUGAUCUCUCUCUCAAACGGCCUCCAUCAGUUGGUAGAGCAGGUACGGAUCGAAAUAAUAAUACAACAAAACAGAACAGUUAUGUGCCAUCUUGAUUUAUACCUAUGGAAGUGGGAUGAUGUUUUGCUGUUUGUAUGCUGAAGCGUGUUGUAGGGGACCCUCAUAUUCACCGUCACCUCUCCAACACUCCACCCCCUCACUUCCUGUAAUACUCACAAUCUUCCUCUCCGUUUCUCUAUUCAGUUCUUUCCUUGUGUGUUUUUCUUUUUUGGUUCUUUUGUUGUACAAAGUGUUUAAAAUAUUAUUAUUUGUAUGAUAAAAUGUUAGUAUGGUAAUGUUCUUUAUUAAGGAAGAAGACGAAAUUUAUUUUUGUUACUGGUCUGUUUCAUAAUUCUUUUUUAAAUUGGUAUUGUAAGAUAUCUAUGCAAGAACUGUUCAGUGGAGCAUUUUUAUUUAAGAAUGUAAUUAAUAAGUGUAAUAAAUGGUAGAAUCUGAACA